GCAUACAGCAACAGGAGCAGGACCCAACAAAUUUGUAUAUAGCAAAUUUGCCUACACAUUUCAAGGAGACCGACUUAGAGAAUAUGUUAUCCAAAUAUGGGCAGGUUGUGUCUACCCGAAUUUUACGUGAUCAGCAAUUGAAUUCUAAAGGCGUUGGUUUUGCACGCAUGGAAAGUCGUGAGAAAUGUGAACAGAUUAUACAAAUUUUCAAUGGGAACACAAUACAGGGUGCCAAAGAUCCACUACUAGUUAAAUUUGCUGAUGGUGGUCCCAAAAAAAAGAAUCUCUUUAAAACUCCCGAUCCCAAUGCUAGAGCGUGGCGUGAUGGUUCUGAAGGUAUACCAGUUACCUAUGAUCCGGCAAUGCAACAAAAUGGUGUUAGUGUUAAUGUUGGCACUCCAAUUAGUGUGCCAUAUUCGCGUUUCCCACCACCAGUUGGUGGUUAUCCAAUGGCUGGUUCUCAAUGGAUACAAGGUUAUAUGAUGCCACAACCUAUUGCUCAGGAAGAUCAUUACAUGCAAAUGGCUGCUGCACCACAACUUGGCGUUGCUUCCUAUAAACCUGAUGCUGUGAAUCAGGUACAACCUCGUGGUAUAUCAAUGAUGGUUAGUGGAGAAACAGCUGUACCAUAUGGAGCAAUGGUGCCACAAUUGGCCACAUUACAAAUUGGCAGCUCGAACUUUUCUCCAUCAUUACAGUAUAUUAGUCCAACUUAUCCAUACUAUGCACCUCCAACAAUUUUUCCAACAAUGCCAAUGACAGAUUCUGAACAAGCUAGCACAGCUGCAUCACCCGAUGAGGCAUAUACACAGUAUCCGCAUCCAGCUGCCCCUAAAUAGGUUUUCGCGAGAUGUAAUUUCAUAUUACCACACUUAACAUUGUAACGCGAUAAUAUCUGAACUGGAUUCGGAUUAUAAACAUUAAUUUUCUUUAAAAUUAAACAAGCAAGGAAACAAGAAAAAACCAUCAAAGAUGAAAAAGCAAAUUUACAACUACAAAACUGUAGUUAAAAAUAUUUUUAAUAACACAAUUUUUUUUUAAUGAUUAUCUGUUUAAGUGACGAAGAUGAAAAUAAGACUAAAAUUUAAAUAAAAAUAAUAUUUAACAAAAAGUAAUUUACAAACAAU